AUGUUGAAGAUGCUCUCCUUUAAGCUGCUACUGCUGGCCGUGGCUCUGGGCUUCUUUGAAGGAGAUGCCAAGUUUGGGGAAAGGAGCGAAGGGAGCGGAGCGAGGAGGAGAAGGUGCCUGAAUGGGAACCCCCCAAAGCGCCUGAAAAGAAGGGACAGGCGGAUGAUGUCCCAGCUGGAGCUGCUGAGUGGAGGAGAGAUCCUGUGUGGUGGCUUCUACCCACGAGUAUCCUGCUGCCUGCAGAGUGACAGCCCUGGAUUGGGGAGUCUGGAGAACAAGAUCUUUUCUACCGCCAACAACACAGAAUGUGGCAGGCUACUGGAGGAGAUCAAAUGUGCUCCGUGCUCUCCUCAUUCCCAGAGCCUGUUCUCCUCACCUGAAAGAGACGUCCUGGAUGGAGACCUAGCACUUCCACUCCUCUGCAAGGACUACUGCAAAGAAUUCUUUUAUACUUGUCGGGGCCAUAUUCCAGGUCUUCUACAAACAACUGCUGAUGAAUUUUGCUUUUACUAUGCAAGAAAAGAUGCUGGAUUAUGCUUUCCAGACUUCCCAAGAAAGCAAGUCAGAGGACCAGCAUCUAACUACUUGGACCAGAUGGAAGACUAUGAGAAAGUGGAGAUCAACAGAAAACACAAACACAACUGCUUCUGUGUCCAGGAGGUCAUGAGUGGGCUGCGACAGCCUGUGGGUGCUGUGCACAGCGGAGAUGGCUCCCACCGGCUCUUCAUUCUAGAGAAGGAAGGCUAUGUGAAGAUUCUGACCCCAGAAGGAGAGCUGUUCAAGGAGCCUUACUUGGACAUUCACAAACUUGUUCAAAGUGGAAUAAAGGGAGGAGACGAAAGGGGACUGCUAAGCCUGGCAUUCCAUCCCAAUUACAAGACAAAUGGAAAGCUGUAUGUGUCUUAUACCACCAACCAGGAACGGUGGGCUAUCGGGCCUCACGACCACAUUCUUAGGGUUGUGGAAUACACAGUAUCCAGGAAAAAUCCCCAUCAAGUCGAUGUGAGAACAGCCAGGGUGUUUCUGGAAGUUGCUGAACUCCACCGGAAGCAUCUUGGAGGACAGUUGCUCUUUGGUCCCGAUGGCUUUUUGUAUGUCAUCCUUGGGGACGGUAUGAUCACCCUGGAUGACAUGGAGGAGAUGGACGGGUUAAGUGACUUCACAGGCUCUGUGCUGAGGCUGGACGUGGACACUGACAUGUGCAAUGUGCCUUAUUCCAUACCACGGAGUAACCCCCACUUCAACAGCACCAACCAGCCCCCAGAAGUGUUUGCCCACGGCCUCCAUGAUCCAGGCAGAUGUGCUGUGGAUCGACAUCCCACUGAUAUAAACAUCAAUUUAACAAUACUUUGCUCAGAUUCCAAUGGGAAAAAUAGAUCAUCAGCAAGAAUCCUACAGAUAAUAAAAGGAAGAGAUUAUGAAAGUGAGCCAUCUCUUCUAGAAUUUAAGCCAUUCAGUAACGGCCCUUUGGUUGGUGGAUUUGUUUACAGAGGCUGCCAGUCUGAAAGACUGUAUGGGAGCUAUGUGUUCGGAGAUCGCAAUGGGAAUUUUUUAACCCUCCAGCAAAGCCCAGUGACCAAGCAAUGGCAAGAAAAGCCGCUCUGUCUGGGCGCCAGUGGCUCCUGUCGUGGCUACUUCUCGGGUCACAUCUUGGGAUUUGGAGAAGAUGAAUUAGGAGAGGUUUACAUUCUAUCAAGCAGUAAGAGUAUGACCCAGACUCACAGUGGAAAACUCUACAAGAUCAUAGACCCAAAAAGACCUUUGAUGCCCGAGGAGUGCAGAGUCACAGUUCAACCUGCCCAGACACUGACCUCGGACUGCUCUCGGCUCUGUCGGAAUGGCUACUACACUCCCACGGGCAAGUGCUGCUGCAGUCCUGGCUGGGAGGGAGACUUCUGCAGAAUUGCCAAGUGUGAGCCAGCAUGUCGUCAUGGAGGUGUCUGUGUCAGACCAAACAAGUGCCUCUGUAAAAAGGGCUAUCUUGGUCCUCAGUGUGAACAAGUGGACAGGAACAUCCGCAGAGUGACCAGGGCAGGUAUCCUUGAUCAGAUCAUUGACAUGACAUCUUACUUGCUGGAUCUCACAAGUUACAUUGUAUAGUUUCUGGGACAGUUUGAGUAUAUCUUUCAGGUGGGCAUUUAUUUCAAUCUUGUCAUUAAAAAGAGAGACUGUCCUUCUGCUACA